UCUUCGGAAUUCAAAGUAUUUUCUGAGUCCAUGAAACAGAAGGACGAAGAGCACAAAGCGGUUUUGGCGAAGAUGGAGGAGUCUCUCAGCGGUGCCCGUCUUGCGUAUGAGAGUAUGAUGGCUGAGCGUGAUGCGUUCAAAACAGGGGAGGCUGAUUUGAAGGGUCGCCUGGAGGAAAUGGAGGGGGAGAAUGCUUCUCUAAAGACGGAAGUGACUGAUCUCCGUGAAACGAAGGUUUGGAUGCUUACGGAAGGUGCCCAGCUUCUAGCAAAGAAUAUUCAUAAGGGCAAGGAGAUGACUGCUGCCGUGGCUGGGGUUAAUAACGCGAUGAGCGCGGUCGGUAUUAACUCGGGCUUGCACUCCGGCUACGUUCAUGCUCUGCAGAAAAAGACUCCUUUCAAAGAGAUUCCACUGUUGAACCGUAAUGCUACGGAGGAGCUGAAGGCGGCGGUUGUUUGUUUUGAUACUCUCAAGUUCCCCGUAAUUGAAGACCUUCCGAAGCUAAGUGAUGCGCCCCUUCCUGAAAUUAAGAAGGCCCUUCGCUUUGCUAGUGAUGAUUUGCCGAAUGAAUGAGGUGGACAUGCCCGGUUUUUUGGGGUAUGCACCUUAGGUAUUGUUUAGGUAAUCCAGAUGAAUGUAAUAGCUCGUCCGGCAUUUUUGACAGAUGUCCUAUUUUUCUGGACUUGUAAUGAUGUUUUUACUUUGUUUGUUAUCCUUUUGUGAAUGGUGUUAAAACUU